AUGACACCUGCGCUGCACUUUCCCAUUCAUCGAGCUGCUCUGCGCUACCACGACGGUAGUCACCGAUGGCCUCCGCUUCCGAAGAUUGUUGGUCCCUGGUCCGGUAAAGGGUCUCCGGAUUCGGGCUACGGGUCGUUUGACGAAUGCAGCAACUUUGAAUUUCCGUGUUACAAGGGUCGCUUCGCUGGCAGAUACGGCUUGGACGGUCAACAAGUUUCACAGGUGCCUCGCAAUAAUAGAAAGCCCUUCUCAGAAGACCACCGUCGGUACACCUCUCCUUCCACGGCGCGAGUGGCAAAAGAAGAUGCAGCACUAAACUCGCGGGGAAAGGAUUCCAUCAAGGCAUGGCUUGAUACCAGUAGCGAAAAUGUGCCAACUCCAUCGACCCCCGCCAAAUCUGGCAAGGCCAUCUCUUCACUCACACCGAACAGAUUCAUUCCGUUCAGAACGAAUCAGUCUAUUUGCGAGCGUUACCGAACAACCAAGCCAUUAGCGUCGCUUUCGAAUACUGAAAGAGUUGACAGACGAGAUUUUAUUCACCGUGAUCCUUUCUUGCCACAGCCCAGACAAUCUCCCUCGCUCAUGGCACGAUUCUGUCCGCUUGACGCGUCUCAGGGAACUGUGUGGAACAUUGGAGGCCUCCCCCCUCGCACCACAAGAAUUUCUGCCGCAAACGAUCUGCGGCGCUCCAUCAAUUUCGAGGCAUCCACGGAGGACCAACAGCUCUGUGUAGAAUCAGGUUCAAGGGAAGACUUAGCAAAUUAUCAGGAUCGUGUUGCUUUUGCUCUCAAUAUCGAUCAAGUCGCGAAAAUCUUGGAAUUCUCUCCUCCGCUGCGCCCUGCUCCGAUCGCCAUCAAGAUAAUCGAACCAUGUGAUAUCGGAAAAACUACCAAAGUCAAGGGUGUUGCCUUCUGCCCCAUUCAGACAGAAGAUUUGCUUGUGGGGGAUGAUACAGGAACAAUCUACUAUUACAUCAUUGAAUGGCCAAUGAAUUGGGAAGUUUCUCGAGACAACUGGCCGGGCUCGAUGUACUUGGUCGCGAAAAUUGUCAUCCACAAUCAACAAGUGUGUGGUCUUUCGUGGUCUCCAACUGGCCGGCUGUUCGCCUCGGGUGGGAAUGACAAUCUUUGCUGCUUAUUUGAUGUUGAUGAUGUGUUGAGCGACAGCCAAGUCAGCAGAUUUCCUCAGGACAUGCCGCGGGCUCCUUUAGUUCGCCACGGUCUUCCAUUUCGCCUGCACUUGACGCAAAGUGCUCGCCAUACUUCUUCUCUCAAUUUUGUUGGAACCAUUGUGGAGGAAGACAUCGACGUCCAUGGAGCAGCCGUCAAGGCCAUAGCUUUCUGCCCUUGGCGUGAUGGCUUAAUUGCAACCGGAGGCGGGUCAAACGACAAAUGCAUACAUUUUUUCCAUACAACCUCGGGAUCUCCGCUGGCAACGAUCGCCGUGGCUGCCCAAGUCACUUCUCUGAUUUGGUCUACGACACGACGAGAAAUUGCCGCAACAUUCGGUUAUGCCGACCCUGACCACCCAUACAGAAUUGCGGUUUUUAGCUGGCCAGACUGCAGGCAAGUUGCUGCAAUACCGUGGUCUUUGGAGUUUCGGGCAUUGUAUGCAAUUCCAUAUCCUUGGCAACAUACGGGAUCGGAAGACUCUCGAUCUCCUCGGCCUUCUGGAGACGGCUGCAUUGUCAUUGCAGCAAGUGAUCAAACAGUGAAAUUUCAUGAAGUUUGGGAGGCGGGAAGCAAGAAAGCACUCGGCUUACCGGGAUAUUUCAGGAGCAGUGAUAUUCUAGAGGGUCUUGAGGGCAUCAACAAGGAAGGUGAAGUGAUUCGGUAA